AUGGCACAAACGAUAAACUUUAGCUCCAUAGAGCUUCUGCUAAUCCACAUAUUCCUCAUAACCGGACAGGUUCGAUCGUACGCGUAUCCAUGGUUAAUAUUUCCGCCAACGGCUCCCACCCGCCAUCAGCUCAUUACUGGUAUCGGUAUCCCACUGGGAACUCCCGAGUCCGUCAUCACUGGAUGGGUAGUCAAGGCACAAUACUUCCUGCCGACCAGCACCGACGAUCUGAAACCUAUUCUUUGGGACGGCUGGAACAACAGCCGAAGAUCGAUCGAGAAGCGAGAAGCUGUUACCGUCACACCGCUACCGGAGCACUACGAAGCGUACACGGCAAGGGAGGUAAAGAUUGAUACGGAACCAUUGCCAGAUGACGAUGACAACUUUGAGGAUGCCGACGACGACUAUUGGAUGAAAAUGGUAGAGGAUGUCAACAAGCAGUCUCCGCCUGUUGAAGCAGAUCCCAUAGUAGCCGAAGGAUACAAUCAGGAAAAAUCGCGCUGGACGACGUACAAAGCCUUGGAGCAGAUCGGAGCAAUCUACGGUUCCGGAGGUCGGGAAUGUGUUUUGCGGAGCAUCUGUGAAGCAGCAAGUGCAGAGUUUACCCAUACCGGUGGAGUAUUUGCCGAAUUGCUUCAUAUAAUGUUCACGCCAUCAUCCACGACGGAGCCCCUUUCGGACCACAGUGACAACGAAUAUUACCGAGCGGAACAACUAGGCAGGGAAGGUGCCCCGUGCCAUAUGAUAUUUCACGAAUGUCAAAAUACGAUCUUAGAUGUGUUUACCGGUGUGCAUGAACCAGCGACGGACGCUUUGACCGUGGCUCAUAAGAAGCUAAUGAUGCCGUUUAUGAACCAAUAA